AUGCUCUCCCUCGCCCGCCGCCCGCUCUCCGCCGCCGUCCCCGCCGGCAACCUCCUCGGCAUCCACCUCUUCCAGUGCCCCGUACCGGUGGGCAUCGUGGCCAAGCUGUCCGAGUGCAUCGCCUCCCGCGGCGGCAACAUCCACAGCGUCGACGUCUUCGUCCCCGACGACGCCCCCGUCUUCUACGCCCGCAGUGAAUUCACCUACAACCCGAGGCUAUGGCCUCGCGACGUGCUUCGCGCCGACUUCCUCCGCCUGUCGGACUGCUUCAGCGCGCAAAAAUCCACUGUGCGCGUGCCUGACAUCGACCCCAAGUACAAGAUUGCAGUCCUUGCUUCGAAGCAGGACCAUUGUCUGUUUGACUUGCUGCAUAGAUGGCAGGAAGGCCGGCUUCCAGUUGACAUUCAUUGUGUGAUAAGCAACCAUGAUCGACCUGUAGAUAAUCAUGUGAUGCGUUUUCUUCAGAGGCACGAAAUCCCCUAUCAUUACUUACCAACGACUUCUGGGAAUAAAAGGGAACAAGAGAUAUUAGGAUUGAUUGAAGGUACCGAUUUUGUCGUGCUGGCCAGAUAUAUGCAGGUAAUGUCUGAAAGCUUUCUUAAAGCAUAUGGGAAAGAUAUUAUUAAUAUUCACCAUGGCCUUCUUCCCUCGUUCAAAGGAGGAAGUCCUUCUAGACAGGCCUUCAAUGCUGGGGUGAAGUUGAUUGGUGCGACUAGCCAUUUUGUUACUCCAGAACUUGAUGCUGGGCCAAUCAUUGAGCAGAUGGUUGAACGGGUUUCUCACAGGGACACAUUACAUAGCUUUGUUGUCAAGUCUGAGAACCUUGAGAAGCAGUGCCUAGCAGAAGCUAUCAAGUCAUACUGCGAGCUCCGUGUGCUACCAUAUGAAGUGAUGAAGACUGUUGUGUUUUGA